ACCAGGAACAAGAGCAAGCAAUUGAGGAUUGAGGACUCAUAAAAAUGAACGUUGUGACAAAUUAUGUACAAAACACUUAAUGUAAAAUUGCCUUGUAGUUUACCAUUGACGUAAGCAUGCAAGCCACAUCACAAGCUAAAGACUGAGUUUCAGCGAUGGACAAGGCGUCGCUGGAGCAGGUGAGCCUGCGGCUGAGUAUCCGCCGGCUCAGCACGGUCGUCCUCACAAUCCCCAUGGGGGCCAUGAUCGCCUGUUUCGUCUCGGCGCACAUACACCAUGAGGACAUCAACCAUACCUGGUGCCCGGUGUACAACUUCAUUCCGUCGGUGAGCGCCAUCACGGGCGUCUCUCCGGAGCGGUACCUGUGGCGGCUGUGCAUGUCUGCCCACCUGGUGCCGCGCUGUCUGAUUGCGGCCGUCUGCUACAACCACUUCACGCGCCUGCUGGACGGGGUGCCGGCCGAGCGCCGGCGACGCUACGACCAGCUGGUACGCGCCGGCUUCUGGGCCAAUGUCACCGAGCUGGCCAGUCUGGCCUGCUGCACCUAUGUCUCCAACAAGGAGAACUACCCCGUACACGAGAAGGCGUUCUCGUUAUUUUUGUUCUCGUGUUUCGUCUACAUGGUGGUAUCGCUGGCCGCUGAGCGCGAGGCGUUCCCGGCGAUGACGCCCAGUCAGCGGUCUUCACAUCGGUGGAAGGCCUUCGUCGCUGUUCUUUACGUGUCGCUCAUCAUUGGUCUGCUCUACUACUUCUGGAAACAUCGAUUCUAUUGUGAAGAAUUAGCGUUCACCUGGUUCUCGUUUUGCGAGUACGGCAUCUGCGCAUGCAUCAUGGUGUACCACCUGCUGGUGAUAUACGACAUCCCAGAGUUCUGGCUGACCGUGGGCGUGCCGCUGCCGGCCGCCGCCAACGGCAUCAGCGCCCCGCUCAAAGUCGACUAGUCGCCUGUUCAUCCGACUCGCUCACCCGCCGCCCGCUAGAUCAGCCAGGUCUGGAGAGACCCGAACUUAUGCCAUCAUCACCGGGAGAAGCAGCGGCGGUGUCGGCGGCGGCUGGACAGGGAAGUGCCGGGAUGUAAGGAUUUGGGGUCUAGCGCGCAGCACCACGGCGGGGUGCUGAGUCUCGAGGACGUAGGUGCCUGGCAGCUCGGUGAGCCAUGCUAGAGUGAAGCGUAGUCAAUCGAAGGUUUCGUCACCAACUUUGCUAAUGAUAUGGCUAGCCCCAUUGUGUUCAUGAGUGAGUAGGUGCUGAAGGGCUUGACACUGUGAUCACUGUUUUAGAACAGAUCAAUGGACGUUAAGUGAUUGGUUCUACUUCGCUAGUCGCUCGGUUGUGCAAGAUCAGUCAUGUUUGCCAUACUGCUUUAAUG